CUUCGCUACAAUGUGAUACAUAUUGACGCGUGCACUUUGAAGGACAACGUUGCAACGAACUGCCCUGUGGAUGUGUUCUACAAAGAAGAGAACUUGGAUAUUUUGUCUAAGUUAAUCACCAGCAAAGGGGUUGUCAUAGUAAAUGUGCUCAAUGUUACCGGGCGUCCUUACACAGCCGCAAAAAAGGUGAAGGCUGCGUUCGAGAAGGCGUUCAAACAGUGCACGGAUCAUAUUUCUGAAUUUUCUCCACUGAAUACGACUAGGGUGUUGAUCGAAGAGUUGCAAUUUCAGAAGUUUUUUACUAUGAAUUCCGUUUAUCAUGACCCCAUG